AGUGAAGAUGUCUGGAGUUUUUGGUUAUAGUCGGGAAGCUGUCAGAGUUAAAGUUAAGAAAUGUGAAGGAACACAGCCCCCUGAACUACGAAAGUUCAGUGUGGAUCCACAAAUUACAUCGUUUGAAGUUCUGCAAAGCAUUUUAGCCAAAGCAUUUGAUUUAAAAGGAGAAUUUACUGUUUACUAUAAAGUUAAUGAUGUCAGUGGUUUUGAAUCUUACAUGCCUUUACUUUCAGAUUGGGAUUUGGAUGCAGCAUUUUUAAAAACUCACAAUCUAUCAGUUAUCACAAAUUCAGAGCCGUGUCUUUGUUUGCGAGUGGAUUUAAGGCCUUUUGAAGAAUAUUCAGAUGAUUGGCAGAUUAAACACAAUGCUCCAAUUACCACUCAAAUUAAAAAUAUUCAGGAAAUUAAAAGUUCUCAACGGUUGCAUGGAAUUUUUAAUCAGAUGGGCAAAACACUCAAUUUGGUGCAAAAAGCCUUUAACUUUGGAGAAGAUGGCGCCACUUCAUUUAUUCAACCACCACGACCACCUCUAUCUGAUGCUGAAUUUCGGAAAUUUCUUGAUCCAGUUGGACAAAUAGGUCAUGCCAAAGAGCUCCGUUCGGUGAUCUACUUCGGAGGCAUCGAACCGAGUUUGCGGAAGGUCGUGUGGAAACACUUGCUGAACGUUUAUCCGCACGGCAUGACCGGCAGGGAGCGCAUGGACUACAUCAAGAAGAAAGCGCUCGAGUACGAGGGACUGCGCGAAGCGUGGAAAACCGCCAUCGCGCAGGGCCCGGUGCUCGGAGAGCUGGCCUACACCACCGGAAUGGUAAGGAAAGACGUCCUCAGAACCGACAGGCAUCAUCCGUACUACGCGGGCAGCGACGAUAACCAACAUAUUGCUUCCUUAUUUAAUAUUCUUACCACAUAUGCUUUAAAUCACCCAAAGGUCAGCUACUGCCAAGGUAUGAGUGAUUUGGCUUCUCCUCUGUUGGUGACCAUGGAUGAUGAAGCGCAUGCUUACAUUUGUUUUUGCGCUCUUAUGGAACGAUUGUGUACGAAUUUCAUGAUAGACGGUAUCGCAAUGACGCAAAAGUUUACGCAUCUAGCCGAGGGACUGAUGUACUACGAUCCAGAGCUUUAUAGUUACCUAAAAAUGCAUCAGGCCGACGACUUAUUGUUUUGCUACCGAUGGUUAUUAUUAGAAAUGAAAAGGGAGUUUGCCUUCGAGGAUUCGCUGAGAAUGUUGGAAGUGUUGUGGAGCUCGCUUCCCGCAGAUCCUCCUGAAAAAGAGCUAAAAUUAUUCGAUACACAAUUUCAGCCGCUUCAAAAAUCCACUCCGCCAAUCAGCCCUUUAGUUAAAACCCCCCGCGAGAAUGCCUACACGAAAGUUUGCGCCCUGCGCAGACAAAGUUCCUCCGUGUCGCUCAUAAAUUACACGGGUAAGAAAGUGAACACGGUUAAAAGGCAAAAUCAUAGCUUGGACGAGACCAUCGGUAGAUGCAGAAACAACAUUCUCGACGGCAAAAAUAAACAUCAAAGUUUGGACGACGCCGCAUUAAUAAACAAAUCUCCGCAACACAAAUCCCUCAAAGACAAUUCCUUCGAGUCUCCUAGCAAAUCGCAACUGCGGCCUAGAUCGGUUUCACCGCUCGAACAGAAAUCGGAUUCGGUCCUUCUCAACAACCGCAUCAAUUCCACUCAACUGGUCGCGAAAUCGAAAGCGGCCAGCCUCUCUUCCAGCAUGUCGAAUCUAAUCAAAAACAACAAAAAGGCGGGGCAUUUUAAAGACCUGAAAGAUCGGAUAGCCGCCGCCAAAUUGUUCUCCUCGUUGGAUCGCCUGGAUAACUCCAACCAAUCGAUAAAAGAGGAGACGGAGAGAAGACCUAAAACCAAGAUGGUUAAGAAUCUGAACGAAUUCUUGAACUUUGCGACCGUCAACAAAAACAAAAUUUCCGAUAAACUGUCUUCGAUGAGCAGCAUCGAUAGCAGUACGAACGAUAAACCGAAAAUUUUGCUCACCAAAUCGAGUUUCGACGAUUCCGAAAGUUCCAGUUUUGAUCGUAACUCUUCCAUGAGAAAUUACUCAUCAGCUUCGAAUAGUUGCGAUGAUACGUUCGACGAAUGCAGCCCUGACGACUCGCAGGAGUAUUUCCCGUUGACCACUUCCGUCACUAGAGAGUUGAAAUUGGAAAUGGAAAAUUUGGACAGGAAAGUUUUCGGGGAUAAAUUUAUCGGAAGGCUUUCGGAAUCGCCGUCCAGUGAAUGCAACAGCGAGAUGCUCAAAACGGAGAAAGAUGUUUCCACUAAGCCUGAGCUAAAUGUGGAGGAUAAACAACGUGAUGACAUAUUUAUUUGGGAAAACCCACUGCAUCAAACGAGCCCGAAUGUUGGGAAAAACAUUCCGAACUACAUGCCCACCCCUGACGAGCAAGCCGACAUCGAGUUCGACGACGACACGCCGACAAUCGUGAACGAAACUUCGGCGACCAAGACUGUAACACCAAUCAAAAUCCUUAACGUAACCCAGCCGACCAAAUCGACGAUUAUAGAAAGUAAAACGAACGAAGAGGAAAUCGUUCCGACUGCGAAAAUGGACAAUAUAACUGUGAACGGGGUUGUGAACAUGACGAAUUCUUGCGAGGAGGUGACGGAGCUGAUAAAUCGUCAAUCCUCGAAGUUGCUUCCGCCUCCGAACGAAUUCGGCGGCGGCAAUCCUUUCCUGAUGUUUUUGUGUAUAACUGUGCUGCUGCAGCACAGAGAUCACAUCAUCAGCACGGCCAUGGACUAUAACGAGAUGGCGAUGCAUUUCGAUAAAAUGGUGAGGAAACACAAUGUUAUACGAGUUUUGAAUCAGGCCAGGCAGAUGUACGCUAGGUACAUCAAACAGCAUACCAUUGCACUGCAAAAAAUUGAUUUCAAACACGAGGACUGUUAAUUUUUUUAUUCAUUUUCAUUCUCUACACUUACUUACUGUGAUAUUUUGUUUUUAUAUUUACUUAUUAGUAUUAUGGACUAUGUUAUUUUUUUGGUUUAUUUAAUAAAUUGUGCCUAUGACAAAC